AUGAGCCGCAGUUUGGAUGCGGCGCGGAGCUUCUUGGAGCAGCUGGAAGCACUAGGCGGCAGGGAUGGGGUGGUCUUCGCCGGCGAGUUCAGCGACAUCCGGGCCCACUCAGCCGCCUGGAAGACGGAAAGCGUGUGCUCAACGGAGGCCGGCAGUCGCCCCGAGAACCUGAGGAAGAACCGUUACAAGGAUGUGCUGCCUUACGAUCAGACACGAGUGAUCCUUUCCCUGCUCCAGGAAGAGGGACAUGGCGACUACAUCAAUGGCAACUUCAUCAGGGGUGCAGACGGAAGCCAGGCCUACAUCGCCACACAAGGACCCCUGCCUCACACCUUGCUAGACUUCUGGCGCCUCAUCUGGGAAUUUGGGGUCAAGGUCAUCCUGAUGGCCUGUCAGGAGAUGGAGAAUGGACGGAAAAAAUGUGAGCGUUAUUGGGCCCUACAACAGGAACCACUGCAGAUUGGGCCCUUCUGCAUCACUCUGAAAAGGGAGAUGUGGCUGAAUCCAGACAUCACACUGAGGAUCCUGCAGGUCACCUUCCAGAAGGAAUCCCGCUCAGUGUCCCAGCUGCAGUAUAUGUCCUGGCCAGACAGAGGGGUCCCCAGCAAUCCUGACCAUGUGCUUGCCAUGGUUGAGGAAGCUCGGCACCUCCAGGGAUCUGGUUCCAACCCCCUCUGUGUCCACUGCAGUGCUGGCUGCGGGCGAACAGGUGUCCUGUGCACUGUGGAUUAUGUGAGACAGUUGCUUCUGACACAGAUGAUCCCACCUAACUUCAGCCUCUUCAGUGUGGUCCUUGAGAUUCGGAAGCAGCGGCCUAUGGCCAUACAGACAGAGGAGCAGUACAGGUUCCUGUACCACACAGUGGCUCAGAUGUUUCUCUCAGCGAUACAGAAUGCCAGCCCUCAUUACCAGAACCUCAAGGAGAAUUGUGUCCCACUCUACGAUGACGCCCUCUCCCUCUGGACUUCCCAGACCCUGAAUGCCAUCGCCCACCCAUCCAGCGGAGUCCUUAGGAGCAUCUCGGUGCCCGGGCCUCCGGCCCUCUCCAUGGCCGACACUUACGCGGUGGUACAGAGGCGUGCGGCCCCCGUGGGCACCGGGGCAGGCGCGGGCGCGCGGGCGCGCAGCACGGAGGACACACCACUCUACAGCCAGGUGACGCCGCGUGCCUGGCGGCACCAGGCGCAAUCUGAGGACGCGCGCGGCGCGCAGCCGGGCCGCGUUCCUGUUGACGAAAGCGUGGCUGGACCUGGCGCCUAUGAGGACGUGGCGGAUGGAGCUCAGACUGGUGGGCUAGGCUUUAACCUGCGCAUUGGGAGGCCUAAAGGACCCCGAGAUCCGCCUGCUGAAUGGACCCGGGUGUGAGCGCUGCACCCCUGCCUGUCUGUUGCUCCACAUGGGUGCCUGGACUGCUGAGGGUCAUGCUCUGCUUUAUGAAGUGUUGGGAAUGGGGGUGCUGGGCUGAAUAAAAAUAAACGUUUCUUAGCGUGGAAGAUGUGGGGCUCUGCCUUUGUGAUUAUAGCAUUCAAGGCACUGAAACCAUGUUCAAGUCCCUGUGUCCUUAUCUUUUGAAGUAAAAUGCUGACUCAAGAGUUAAUGAUUUGGAAAUGUGAAGAUGCAGAAACAAAGAAUAGUUGUUGAGCUAGGGAACUGGUAACAAUUUAGACUAUAAUUCUACCACAUAGUAGAAUCACUGAACUCCCAGUUUCCUGAAAGGGAUAAAGACCUGAUACACACACACUCCUAAGUUGUUUUUAUAGGAAGCAGACCCCCACAAGAUAAAAACUUCUGACAACAAGAACAUCGACCCUAGACUGGUUGCAAGCAGAGGCUGAAGAUACUGAAACUUCACCUUGACGCCAACCAAGGAUUGUCCAUGAGCUUGGUCCAUGAUCACCCCCUGCUCCUUGAACACUAUAAAACCCUUCACUAUCCCCUCUAGGGUCGGUCACAUGGUAUUCAUGGCAUUAGCCCACUGUGGCCCCCUUUGCCUGGCAAAACAAUAAAAGCUACU